AUGUACUCAAAGGGAAACACAGCAGACACCAUUCUUGCCAACAAAAUUAGACAGCGCAGAGGCGCUACACGCAUUCACAAACUCAGGCACGGUUACAUAUUUGCAAUGAAAUACAACAGCAGUGUUCAUGAAUUUAUUUUUAAUGCAUUUCCUCCAUUUUUUGAACUAGAGAUUGCAUUGUUUAUGAUAUUUCUUCUUAUCUAUAUUUUUAUAAUCACUGGUAAUUUGACAAUAAUAAUAUUAGUAUACUGGGAUUCAAAACUUCAUUCACCCAUGUAUUUUUUCCUGGGAAAUAUAUCUUUUUUGGAAAUGAGUAUAUCAACAGUUGUAAUACCAAAACUUCUAUCCACCCUUUUGUCCAAUACAAAAUCGAUAUCCUACGCUGGCUGUUUUAUGCAAUUUUACUUUUAUUUUCUCUUGGGGACUAUAGAUUUCAUUGUUUUGGCAGCUAUGUCCAUCGAUAGAUAUGUAGCUAUUUGCAGUCCCUUACAUUAUGUAACCAUCAUGAGCUGGAACAGAUGCUUUUAUCUGGUUGUUGGGUCCUGGAUGGCAGGAAUAUUUUACGUUACACCUCCAAUAGCUGUCAAAUCUAUGCUACCGUUCUGUGAUAAAAGCACAAUUAAUCAUUUCUUUUGCGACUCUACACCUAUAUUGAAACUUGCCUGUGUUAACACUGAACUAUUUGAGAUCAUUGACUUCUUCAUGUUUUCUUUUGUUAUUCUAGGAACUUUCAUUUUAAUUAUUGUGACAUACAUUAUAAUUGCCAUAACUAUACUUAAAAUUCCUUCAGUCACUGGGCGCCAAAAAGCUUUUUCCACGUGUGCAUCACAUCUGUUUCUAGUAUGUCUAGGUUAUGGUGGCACUAUAUUUCUGUAUGUGAUCCCAAAACAAAAGGCUUUAAUAAGUAUCAAUAAAAUGGUUAGCAUGAUAACAGUAUUUGUGACCCCUAUCUUAAGUCCCUUUGUUUUCACUCUUCGUAAUGAAAGCGUUAAAAUAGCAUUAGACAAUUUUUUUAGUCACUGGCAUUUUAAGAUUAAUAAUCCUUAA